AUGGUUUUCAGAUCCCCCUUAGAGCUUUAUCCCUCCCAUUUCUUCCUGCCAAACUUCGCUGAUCGCCCCCUGCUCCUGGCGAACAGCGCUCCCACCGCCAGGUCUCCAGAAGACUUGUCCAUGUUUCAGCUACCGACCCUCAACUUUUCCCCGGAGCAGGUGGCGAGCGUCUGCGAGACGCUGGAGGAGACCGGGGACAUCGAACGGCUGGGCCGCUUCCUCUGGUCCCUUCCGGUGGCGCCCGGCGCUUGCGAGGCGAUCAACAAGCACGAAUCCAUCCUGCGCGCCCGCGCCGUGGUGGCGUUUCACACGGGCAAUUUCAGAGACCUGUACCACAUCCUGGAGAACCACAAGUUCACCAAGGACUCCCACGGCAAGCUGCAGGCCAUGUGGCUGGAGGCGCACUACCAGGAGGCCGAGAAGCUCCGCGGCCGCCCCCUCGGACCGGUCGAUAAGUACCGGGUGCGGAAGAAGUUUCCGCUGCCUCGCACCAUAUGGGACGGCGAGCAGAAGACGCACUGUUUCAAGGAGAGGACGCGGAGCCUGCUCAGGGAGUGGUACCUGCAGGACCCCUAUCCGAACCCCAGCAAGAAAAGGGAACUGGCGCAAGCCACUGGACUCACUCCCACACAGGUCGGGAAUUGGUUUAAAAACCGCAGGCAACGAGACAGAGCAGCGGCGGCAAAAAACAGGCUCCAACAUCAAGCAAUAGGAGCGAACGGUAUGCGGUCCCUUUCAGAGUCCGGCCUCACCCCGCAUAGCUCGGCAGAGUCGCCCUCCACCGCGGCCAGUCCCACCACCAGCGUCUCCAGCGCGACAGAGCGCGUCGACACCGGCACGUCCAUCCUGUCCGUCACCUCCAGCGACUCGGAGUGCGACGUAUGA